UGGGGUUAUAAACAAAUUGUUUUGACGUAACGUAACUUUUUUCCACAUAAACCUUUCUUCAAAUCUCAUUAAAAAACAGAGAUUAUCGCGAUGAACACGCAGAUUAAACUGAAUAGGUAGAAAAUGGAAAAUCUAAUUCCCCAAAAUGAAAAGAAAGUGGAAUCGAAUGGUGUUCAAAAAGAGAAAAAUCAAAAACCGGAACCGCUAAACAAUUCUCUGGUGGCCCAGCCAGCGAAAAGGGGCCUCCGUAAUAUCAGAGCCAUCAUAUUUCUUUUAUUGUGGUAUUUUUUCAGCGGUUGCACGUUGUUUUUGAAUAAGUACAUUCUAACGUCCCUUAAUGGAAAUCCAACGGUGUUAGGUGCAUGCCAAAUGCUUAUGACCGCCAUGUGUGGCUUUAUUCAGCUGUAUUUUCCAUGCGGAAUGUACAAAACGUUACACCGACUUAGUAAACCACCUGGGUUUUAUAAACAUAUGAUUUUUGUAGGCUGUACUAGGUUUUUAACGGUCGUUCUAGGUCUGGUAGCGUUGAAUUUCGUAGCUGUUAGUUUUACAGAAACUAUUAAGAGCUCAGCUCCGUUAUUUACUGUGUUAAUAUCUAGAUUUAUAUUAGGUGAACAGACUGGUUUAUAUGUAAAUCUCAGCUUACUGCCCGUUAUGGCGGGGUUAGCUUUGUGUUCGAUAAAUGAAGUUAGUUUCGAUGCUAUAGGAUUCAUGGCAGCUAUGGCUACAAAUUUAACUGAAUGUAUACAGAACGUAUACUCGAAAAUGUUACUGUCAGGGGAUAAGUUUAAGUAUAACCCUGCAGAAUUACAGUUUUACACUAGCGUAGCCAGUAUUGUGAUACAAGUACCGGCAACUCUGUUCCUUACAGAGUUGAAUCUAUCAAAUAUUAGUUAUAAUGUGGUACUGUUCUUUGUAUUGAAUGGAGUGUUUUUUCACUUUCAAAGUAUUACAGCGUAUGUUUUGAUGGAUUACAUUAGUCCAGUUACACACAGUGUGGCUAAUACAGCAAAACGUGCGUUUUUAAUAUGGCUGUCAGUAUUUAUGUUUGGCAAUCCAGUAACACCACUAAGUGGCCUGGGUACCAUCACUGUCAUUGUGGGAGUUUUCCUGUAUAUCGUGGCUCAAGAACGUGAUGAUAAAGUGUUAUCAUCAGCUAAUUUAAUCCAAAAACGAAUCAGGAAAAUAUGAAUGGUCGGAAUUUACAACGUAGUAUUUAUUUUUUCGUACUAGAGGAAAAAAACCUAAUUAUUUUUCAGGCAAGAUGAAUCUUAGAUUUUAUUUAAUUAUUGUUAAGAGAUUGUAAGUUUUUAUCGUUACCCUUUUUUAGUAAAAAAAUGUGUUUUAAGUGGUUGAAAAUAAAAUUCGAUGUUAGGGACGUCCAUGAUUAUCGAGACAUGAAAAUAUCGAUAGUAGGGACGGCCAACAUUAUCGAUAUAUUAAAAUAUCGAUAGGUAUCUAAAAUAUCGAUAUGGUAAUAGUUUUGUUAAUUUUCAAACAAAAUAUUUACGGCUAUUUUUCUUGACCAAUUUUUUAAAUGUAAAUAUUUUUUAACGGUUCUCAAGUUGCAACCGACGUCCUCUAUUAUUGUACCACCCUGUAUAUACGGAGUAUAAUCCACGCGUCGUCACAGUAUACGCUUUUUGAAUAAAACUUUGUUUCAAGUAGUUAAAAAUAUUCGAUAUUAGAGACGUCCUAGAUUAUCGAGGUAUUAAAAUAUCGAUAGCUAUUUAAAAUAUCGAUAUUGUCCGUAGUUUUACCAGCUUUCAAACCUAAUUAAUUACACCGAAAGUUUAUUUCUUUUCGUUCUAUCAUUAACUCCUUUGUUUUAUUUAACUACCCUGUACAUAAGCAGUAAAAUCCACGUGACGCCACAACACUCACUUUUCUUGAUAAAACUGUGUUUAAGGGUUGAAAAUUUUUUCUAUAUUAGGGACGUCUAAAUACAUCGAUAUUCCAAAGAAUCGAUAGUUGUUUCGAAAUAUCGAUAUCGUCUAUACUUUUGCCACCUUUCAAACAAUUUUUAGAGCAAUUUUUCUUUACCUAUGAAUAUUUGUUCCUUUAGUUCAAUUCAUUAACGGUUACCGAGAUACAGCGAACGUUGUCUAGUAUUGGAACCACCCUGUAUAUACUCAGUAUAAUCCACGCUACAUCACAUUAUACACUAGAGAAUAUCAGAUAAUUAAACAUUUUCAACCACUUAAAACAUACCUUUACCUUUUUUUUAUUUUAAAGAUGUUAAUUUUAUAAACUUGUUGAAUUAUAGCGAAAGUAGAUACUUAAUAAAAAAACCCGUACUAUAAUACUUCAAUAUUCUAAAUAUUGUUUGUUAAAUGUUACAAAUAAUGCAAUAUACGUUUAAAAAAGUCAUUUUUAAAUAUAAUAAAUUAUUUUUUGGAGUGAUCAAGAUACAUCACAUUCCAAUAUUUAUAGAGAUUUUUGAGAGAUUAUAACUUUUUUAUACCUUACAA